AUGGAGAAGACGUCCCUGUCAUCAAGACGGAUACAUAUGUGGUCCAUGUUACCGACCCGUGAAGGUAAGCCCUACAAAACAUUGAGGGACACCGAUGCGACGACGCUCCAGCGCGCACUCGAUAAGGCUCGUGGAAGGACCUGCCACGAGUGUGGUAAAUUAGACAGUAGUGGCUGGUAUCGCCAUCCAAACUGUGCGGGCGCAUACCUUUGUCAUCGUUGCUACCUUCAAAAGAAGAACGCUCGAGACUUGCUCGCAGGGCGGACAUGUCUAGGAUGUAGCAACAAGGCGCCGUCAAGUUGGCACAGACACCCCAUCAUCAAUGGUGCCUCUCUAUGCGGACCCUGUUAUAGUCGCUUCCAUGCUACACAUACCGUCGGCAGGACAUGUCAUGAAUGCGGAUGUACCACCACCCGCAGUUGGUUGAAACAUCCAUCCGGUAGCGGCGCAUCUUGGUGCGUUGCGUGCUGGCAACGCGAUUACCGUGCGAAGAAACGCGCAGCGGAGCUGGCGACGAAAAAGGGUACAUCAUGA